UGCGCAAAGAGUGUACACAUUUUUUUCAGUCGAUAUGAGUUUGCCUUGUUCGGAUCAAAGCAUUAGGCCGAGGAAAAUGAAGACUGCAAGUUUGCCUCCUGGGGUGGCAGUCCUGCGGUGUUGGUGUGGCGAUAUUUGCAAGGUGAAGGAGGUGACGGAUUUUUCAGAUUCGUUGGGCAUGAAGUUUUUCAUGUGCGCCAAUUAUGAGGAAGAUCCUGCCGUAGCUAUUUCAGAGUACGACAAGCCUCCGUCUCCUCCGCCUCUGUGCAUGUACUAUCAUUGGAUUGACACGGAGAAGCCGGCUUGGGCAGUGACCGAUAUUCGUGAAAGAAGUCGCCGUGCGUGGAAUAGUUUAUUUUCGGAAGAGCGACGCGAGAAAGCGGAAGCUGAGGAGAAAGUAGAGCAAGAGAGAGAGUUAAAAGAAUACUAUGCGGAGCAACACCGUUUUUUCAGGAAAUGGGAAGGAAAAACAGGGAAGAGGCUCGUCGCAUGGAGGAGCAGGAACGACAGCGAAAGGAGGCUCGUGAGGCGGAGAGGCAGAGAAAGAAAGAAAGGGCUCGUGAGGCCAAGGCAGCAGAAGAAUCUGGCGAUGGAAAAGGAAAAUAUCCACGCUGGACUCAGUAGAUUCCUGUGGUAGUAUUUUAAAUUUCGCAAUCAUUUGUAUCUUUAUUUCUGCACUUUAAUGUAGCUUUAUUUCAGGAGUUAAAUGUAGGUUUAUUCCUACAAUGUAUCUUAUUUUCAGUUGUGUCGUGUCGCUGUGGAAAAAAAUAUAGUUUUAGAAUAAAGUAGUGGCAUUUUCUUUCCCUCCACUAAUAUCGAACAUCGUGCAACAACUACAAAAUAAAAUUAAGAUAGAACAUAAUGCCCUA